GAAAAUAGAGUUUGAUUUUGAAAUUGAAGGUUUGAAGCUUAGGUGGUAAGUAAAUGUGGUCACUGUUCAUAAUCAAAUACUGAAAAAUCCAAUCUCUCAAAUCAUUUUCAUUUCCCAUUUUCCCCCAAAACAAAAAUUCAAUCUUUAAUUUCAUCAAAAAAAAAAUAAUAAAAAUUCAAUCUUUUUCAUUUUCUUCUUCGAUUGUACGGCAUCAUGUGGGUAGAGAUACUGUGUGGUCUAAUCCUUUACAAAGUAAUCAAACGCUUCUUCUACGAUGAUGAUAUUUUAGAGGUCGAAUCCUCCGAUUCCAAUGCCCUCUUCUCCGUCUCCGAUCGACUUGAAAAGCUUUAUGGUGGGAAAGCCUAUGUUGGACUUCGGAUUCCUGAUGCUGACACCGGCACUCGACAGAAUAUCGAUCUGGUUCUUCUCACCAAAGGAGGGGCAGUGGUUGUAUCUGUCAAGAAUCUUGCUGGAUUUGUUUUGAUCAAUGCAGAUGGGAGCUGGUCUUGUGAGACCAAAAACAAAACAGAACAUCUUCCUAACCCAGUGGAAGAGACUAGAAAACAAGCUUCAAUUCUUGAAGCAUAUCUUGAACAAAGAGGAAUUUCUUUGCCCGAAGGAUACUUGUCUUGCAAAGUUAUACUUCCCAAUCCGAAAUGUUGUACAAUUCAGGCAGGCUCUUUUCCACCAGAAGUCAUUACCUAUGACCAAUGGACACAACAGAAACCAGAGACGAAAACUAUGUUUUCGGGUUGGCUAAAGGGUGCAUUUGGAGGUGGGAAGAAAGAGAUGCAAGAAUCGAUACAACAAAACCUCCAUUUUACUCUCAAUACAGCUCCAAUUUGGGAUAGGGUUGAGCUAAAAGGUAAAUAUGUACUUGGAGAAUUUCUAGAGUUCAAGGGAAAGCAAGAAGACCUUCAUGCCUUGAGAAAUAUCAAAAGAUCGAAAGUUAGUCGUCUCGUUACUCAGAAGACAAGUAUGCUUGGAUUCGCACAUUCGACGCUCCAAGUUUUGUACUCGCCAAGGGAUUAUCGAAGUGAAGGAGCUUCAGCUUCCGAGUGGGAAGAGGUAUGCGUAAGGUCGAGUACAGAGGUUGUCUUCCAGCCUCAGAAUUCAACCAAAGUCCGAAAAUUCAAGUUAUCUUCAGUGAUCUCUAUGACACUCAGUGCCUAAAAUCUUAACUCAUCUAAAGCCAAAAUGGCAUAAAACUAUAUCUAGAAUUGUUGUUUAUGUUAAGGUUAUUUGUAUAUAUUAUUAUGGAUAUAUAUGAGAAACUAGUUCCAUAAUAGACUUUUAUGUCUUUUAUUUUAUGGGAUUAGAAUCAAUUUGUAACCUUUUUUUCCCCUUAAAACUAUUUCUUUUGUAGUA